AUGGCGCGUGGCCCUGGAGACUCUGCGGACGAUCCCUCCCAUCUUCGGCAGCUUUCCCAUGAAGCUACCGAGGACAUCGAGUUCGACGGCUCAUGCAUCCCCAAGGGGUGGCGGUGUUACAGGCGUCCAGCGUGGACGCAUAUGGACCCCAAAGAUAUUCUGGACCUCGACAAGUUCAAGCCAUCCCGGUUCGAGAGCCAGGCGCCACCCUACUCGUUCGUGGCGUUCGGCGGCGGGUAG